CUAUAGAUUAUACUACUCAUAAUUUUAAUGUACACUCUGUGUAAGGCGCCAAAGUAGCAAGAAACCUGACAAAAUGGAGUUGUCACUGAAAAACUCGUUGAUUACAGUAAUAUGUCUGACAGCUGGAACUUUGUUAUAAAUCCCUACCAGCAGCUUAUCUUCCUGUCUAAUAGAAGACUCGCUAGGUUGUUGCUGGACUAUAGUACUUGUGCCGUUUGUGAGCGGCGGGUGCAAAGAACAAAUAAUGGAAGACGAAUAUGCUUUAGAAUGUUUCAUGAAGAUAGGUUACAAACCAGAGGCUGGAACUGUCGGUUCAAAUAUAAGUAGUGUUGACGGCAUAGCGCAGUUAAUAUGCAACACUAAAGUGAAGGAAGGCUGUGUUUUAAGAUACGUGAAGCAAUGUCCGGAAUUGUUGACAUCUGGUGAGGCUACUCUGGCCGUUUUGGGAAAGAUACCCGGGUUUGAUGUACAGUCGCUUCUCAGUGAUGGACUCGAUGUCGUCUGUUCGAUUAGAUCUGAGCCAUGCAGCGAUGUGUUAAAAUGUUUUGCAGCACCCCAGACCGGAAAUACUGGAGGGAUUGUAAAACGAGCUGUUCCAAAUUCAAAUAACUAUUACCUGCUUUUCCAGAAAAGCGCCGGAACAACAUGUGGGUAAGUUGCUUGAAUUAAAUUU